AGAAUCGAUCGCUGUCAGUGAACUUGACCUUGAAUUUUGCUGCACCACCCGAAAGUCGCUAUAUUCCACAAGGUAGAAAACGCCUCUCCGUGAGGAAGUGAGAUUCGUCCAAGAAUGUCGCAAUAAUGUGCACCGGUUUGAAUGCCGGAUCGCGUAGUGAUCGCUGUUCAAUGAGUGAUAGUACUAGCACCGAGGACGAGGACGAGGAGGAGACAACGUCUAGCGAACCUGCUAUAGCAGCUCUGCGUCGUGGCCAUACGGUUCGCAUUAGCCGCGACCGACUACCAAUCGUAUACCGGCGCGAAUAUUCGGUACGAUUCUGUGGACUGCAGAAACUACAUCCUUUCGAUGCGGCCAAAGGAGCCAAUAUCUAUCGAUUGCUUAAGGCCGGAGGGCUCAUCUCGCCUGAUAGUACCGUUUACACGCCCCCGGAAGUGACGCUCGACGAACUGCUGGAUGUGCACACGAAACGCUACAUAGAGAGUUUAAAGUGGAGCCUAAAUGUGGCCAAAAUAGCCGAAAUCCCACCUUUGAUGUUUGUGCCAAAUUGUUUCGUACAGCGCAGUUAUCUGCGCCCGAUGCGCUACCAGACCGGAGGGACUCUGCUGGCAGCCCGCAUAGCACUACAGUCGGGCCUCGGAUGGGCCAUUAAUUUGGGUGGCGGAUUCCAUCACUGUAGUGCCGAUCGUGGUGGAGGCUUCUGUCCGUAUGCCGAUAUUACGCUCACCGUACGCAUGCUGCUAGCGGGCGGAACCGGCAUCGAGCGAAUCCUCAUCAUCGAUCUCGAUGCACACCAAGGAAACGGCUACGCACGUGAUCUGAUGGGUGAUGCGUCUGUGUACAUCUUGGAUAUGUACAACUAUCAGAUCUAUCCGCGCGAUCACCAAGCUAAACUUGCGAUCAGGCGUGCCGUGGAGCUGAAACCCCACACGGACGAUGAGGAGUAUAUUGGCAAACUGAAAAGAUGCUUGGAGCAAUCACUCGCAGAGUUUCAACCCAACUUUAUCAUCUACAACGCCGGAACGGACGUGCUAAAAGGUGACCCUCUUGGAUUGCUCGACAUCACUCCAGAGGGCGUAAUGGAGCGCGAUGAAAUUGUGUUCCGAGCGGCGCUGCAGCGAGCCAUCCCUUUGGCAAUGUUAAUGAGCGGAGGAUAUCUACGAAGUUCGGCACGUGUCAUCGCCAAUUCCAUCCUCAAUCUGCGCGACAAAGCAUUGCUCCCGAUGGUCCAGUAAGAAAAUUAAAGAAAGAUAAAAAGAAAGGAGAGAAUAUGAUGGAUGUUCCAGUAUUAUCCUUGCUGCGGCUAUAGGAUGGAGAAAGCCCUUAUGGAGAAACGAUAUGUGAUUCGGUAUGGCCGUGAUGAGACAUUGCAUGCCCGGUGCAUUAUUAACUGCGUUGAUCGUGCUACUCUUUAUUCUUCGAGCAUUUAAACAUAAUAUUAAUGAUCCAAAUAGCUUAAUAAACUAACUACCAAGUCAAAUGCUUCACGCGCUAUAUCAUUCGACUAUGAUAAGAAGUCGGAUAAUAUC